GCUAGUAGCCAUAGCACUAGGAGUGGAGGGAGGGGGAACUAUCCCAAAUAAAUCGGGAUCGUGUCUGUGCCUUUGGAGGGGUGAAGGAGCACCUAGGAAUUUUGGAGAGAUCUUAGUUAGAUAAAUACCUUUUUAAUUUCUUCUCUUUCUUCUUUUUUUGUUUUUACCAAGCUAUGGCCGAUAUCGACAAGCUUAACAUAGACAGUAUCAUUCAGCGCCUUUUGGAAGUGCGGGGGUCCAAGCCUGGGAAGAAUGUCCAGCUCCAAGAGAAUGAGAUUCGGGGUCUGUGCCUCAAGUCCCGAGAGAUCUUCCUCAGCCAGCCCAUCCUGUUGGAGCUGGAGGCCCCCCUCAAGAUCUGCGGUGACAUCCAUGGCCAGUACUAUGACCUCCUGAGACUGUUUGAAUAUGGAGGAUACCCACCCGAGAGCAACUACCUGUUCCUGGGGGACUACGUGGACAGAGGCAAGCAGUCCCUGGAGACCAUCUGCCUCCUGCUGGCCUACAAGAUAAAGUACCCCGAAAACUUCUUCCUGCUGAGGGGCAACCACGAGUGCGCCUCCAUCAACAGGAUAUACGGCUUCUACGACGAAUGUAAACGGCGGUACAACAUUAAGCUGUGGAAGACGUUCACAGACUGCUUUAACUGCCUGCCCAUUGCCGCCAUUGUAGACGAGAAGAUCUUCUGCUGCCAUGGAGGCCUCUCCCCAGACCUGCAGUCCAUGGAGCAGAUCCGCAGGAUCAUGCGGCCCACGGACGUGCCGGACCAGGGGCUACUGUGUGACCUGCUGUGGUCCGACCCCGACAAGGACGUCCUGGGCUGGGGAGAGAACGACCGCGGCGUCUCCUUCACCUUCGGGGCCGAGGUGGUGGCCAAGUUCCUGCACAAGCACGACCUGGAUCUCAUAUGCCGAGCCCAUCAGGUUGUGGAAGACGGCUACGAGUUCUUUGCCAAGAGACAGCUGGUGACCUUGUUCUCCGCCCCCAACUACUGUGGGGAGUUUGACAACGCCGGGGCUAUGAUGAGCGUGGAUGAGACCCUCAUGUGCUCCUUUCAGAUUUUAAAACCAGCGGAGAAGAAGAAGCCAAACGCCAGCCGGCCGGUGACGCCUCCACGUAACAUGGUCACAAAACAAGCCAAGAAGUAGAGCCGCGUGCGGUGGACUUGUAUUAUACAAUCUUCGUUUGUUUGCUUGGAAUGAUUUGUUCGUGGUUUAGUGGUCGCUCACAUUUGAUGAGCUGUUGGACGCCUUUCUAGCUGCCAGAACUGAGAUGACCACUACCAGAGAUAGUGAAAGCAAAGCUUUUUUUUUUUUGUUUUUUUGUUUUUGUUAUCGACCGCUAGACUAAAUGGCUGUUUUACCACACAGACUUCCAGUUUGUGCACUCCAGUGCAGCCGGUCUUUUUUGCCACAUCUGAGAGCACACUCCAGAGGAACAUUACCCAGCCGUGGAUGGCAAAUGCCUGGUUUGGAUCCAAAGAAGGGUUUCAAACAAUCACUCCUUAACACCUGCUCACCCUCACCGUCAACAAAGGAAAGGAUUGGAAUUCUUCAGACCACUGUGAAAUGUGUCACCCCCUUGAGUAUGAAAUUGAAUGACCCUCGGAAGGAUUUCAGAUUAGAAAAUUGGUUUCUGCUUUCCACGUGUUACUUAUCACCCUGAAAGAUCAGAUAGGUCCCAUUUAUUUAAGCAUUAUCAACGAUUUUUAAACACUUCCUGUACUGCAUUCUUCAAAUAAAUAAAGCAAU